GGGAGCUCAGAGCCUUCCUCAGAGUGGCGAUGAGGACAGCUUGGCCAGAAAUGGAACUCGCCCAGCUUUCGCCCGUGACUACAGUCACUUUCAACUAUGAUUACUACUAUGAUGACAACUGCCAGUAUCAGCAUCUGCAACACAUGUCUACUUUCCUCCCUAUCCUGUACACUGCUGUGUUCCUGGUGGGCAUCGUUGGCAACUCCAUCCUGAUAGUAGCCUUGGUCUUCAAGCGACGGGUCCAGAGGCUGAUCGACAUCUUCAUCAUCAACCUCGCUGCUUCUGACUUCAUCUUCCUCAUCACGCUGCCAUUCUGGGUGGACAAGGAGGCGUCAGACGGGAGCUGGAGGGUAGGAUCUUUCCUCUGUAAAGCUAGUUCCUAUGUCAUCUCAGUCAACAUGUACUGCAGCAUCCUCCUCCUCACUUGUAUGAGCGCUGACCGGUACCUUGCUAUCAUGUAUCCCUCUGUCGCUCGACGGGUCAGAACAAGAUCCUAUUCCAGUGGACUCUGCAUCUGUGUCUGGUUAUUAUCCUGCUGCUUAGGGAUACCAACUCUUUUGUCCAGAGAACUGAAGAAGCAGUAUGGAAAGACUUACUGCACAGAUAAAGCCGUGACAGAAGACAAACAGGUCGUGUCACUGAUGCUUUUAAUCCUGGCCUUCUUCUUCCCACUGUUGAGUAUCUUAACCUUUUACUGUUCCAUCACCAAGAGACUCUGUGUGCAUUAUCAGAAAGCUGGGAAACACGAUAAGAAACUGAGAAAAUCCAUUAAGAUUGUCUUCAUAGUAGUGGCAGCUUUUGUUAUCUCCUGGGUUCCCUUCAAUCUUUUCAAGCUUAUGGCCAUCCUUUUGGGACUCCUGAAGCAGCCCGACUGUUUUCCUGACAUGAUUGCCCAGCUGGGCAUGAAGGUGAGCAGCCCUUUUGCUUUUGCCAAUAGCUGUGCCAACCCUUUCAUUUACUAUUGCUUCGACAACUACAUCCGCAGAGCCAUGCUCCGGUGCCUGUGCCCCUGGGUGAAAAUCACCAGCAGUGGCAGCAGCUCUGAUACUCUGGACACUCGCCUGAGCCACUCCUUGUCCAAUUUUGUUGCGGGAGAGUACGCUGCUAGGAAGAGGAAGCGCUCUGUGUCCCUCUGACUCUGCCCCUUCCUCCAAGUCCGGACUGUGGAGGAAGAAACUUCUCUCUCCAAAGAUGGCAGAAAAAGAAUUAAAAAAAAAUAAAUAAAGAAUAAAAACACCACCGAGCUACAGAGGUGCAAGUGUAAUGCAGACAGCGCUUCAGGUGGAAGGAAUGCUGCUUCCUUUCAAACGCAGAUAAACGGAAUAGGAAACCUUAACAACAGAAUUAAGCUGUGUCACUGCAUGGUGUAAAUCUGAAACCGUCGUACCGAGAAAUAUCCACAAAGCUUACGCUGGAACCCCAGUACAAGUGCUACAACUACAGAAAAGAAUCAUGUGAUUCGGUCAAAGCUGCUGCGAGGCAAACUUUGAACUUAAAUGUAUAUAGGUUUUUUCUUCUGUGCAGAGCAAGAAAAACAACACAACAGAAAGGUUUCUUCUGUUUGGUUCCUAGCUCACCCACAAACACGUCCCAACGAACUCAAACCAACCUGAGCAAUUCUGGUUUUCUGGAGGUUUUCUGAAUUUAGAAAUUCACUGGUUUAAUGAAUUUGUGUGUUACUGGUUCUCAGAACUUGAGUCUUGUGCGUUUUUCUUUGUCUCAGCUUCAGUCUCCGUCAUAUUAUGGCAUUAAAUCUUAGUUUUAAUCACAAUAAUUAAAUUAAGUUUCUAGCCCCUGUGAUUUCAGAAGAUAACUUGAAGGCAGAGAAACCAGAGGACAGGCAAAAGACAUCCUGCAUUUAACCACCUUCUUAAAGGAAAAUAAAAAGACCAACAAAAAACUCUUGUGCUUUUUAAGACUUUUUUGAGGAUCUGACACAAUUUCUGACUGCUUGGGUUGUCGUAUAAUGGUACGAUAUUGUGUGCCGUUCGAAGUCCAGAUCUGCUUUGUUUAGCUGCAACCAGUUUAUGUCAAGACAUACGCAGUACGGCUACUUUCUCCCACCGGAGUCAGUCAAAUGCACAUUUGCCUGAAAAGCAAAAUUAGCCAGAGUUUCACAAACAUCUGAGUGAUUCUCCGUGAGAUGCACGAAGCAUCACAGAGAAUGCUUACAAACCUUGCGUGCAGGGAUGCUUGCAGAAAACAAAUUUUAAAAGACCAGUGUUUUAAUUAAUUUACAAAGUUGAGCUCUGUAAAUAAAACAGCUCUAUAAAGCUGGCUUAUUCCUAUCCAACAAUCUCUGGGAAAUGCAAAGGUCUUGCAUUUAAUACGUUGUUGGGAAGAUAUCACUUGCCCAACUGGUGUCAAGCCUGACAGCAAAUGGGGUGGGGAAACAGAAAGUUCUGUAUUUUUAACACCUGUAGUACCUCCUAGAUUUACAAGCUGAACAAGUGUGGAGCAAAUAGUUAAGCAUCUCAUCAGAAAACUGCUACUGAACUUUUAUAAAGCUGACUACAUCUAUUUUAUUAAAUCUUUUAUAUCCUUCUAAAUGCCAAUGAUUGAUAGAAAUGUUUGCUUAAGACAAAGAAACCAGGGUACAAUGUUUUAAUAUGCACAGUUAAAAUAAGAAUUAAACUUCUGACAGCACUGGAUAC